CGCUGAGGCCAAAGCUGCACUGCUCUUACCUGCAGCUCGAGACGCAUGCAAACUUUUUUCCUCCUCUUUCUGUGUCUCGUUAAGUGGAAUUUGUCGCCCGUGCAGCUUGUUUUUACUCGUUUUUGGGCAGUUCCUCCUGCUUACACCUCCAGGCGUUUAGAGAAAAGCGGUCGAUUAGGCAAGCGAUGGACUGAAACGCAACAAGUUGAAGAUUACAGAAGCGGACUUGCUUUGAAUAAGUGGCGAGUGACUUUAACGGAAGAGCAGACCUUCACCCGCUCUGACUGGAUGCUCGUGCAGUUUGUCCCCAUCGCUGCUGCUGCUGACCUUCUCCAGUGGAAGCCCCUGGCCUGCGCUCUGUGAACCCACACUGUCGGCUCAUUUCUCCUCCUCGGCCGCUGACCGUCAUGGAUCUUCGCCCGGAGAUCCCCUCAGCCCAGGCGGGCUCGCAGGUCCACCCUUCAGCCGCCGCUGCUGCCGCCGCCGCAGCCUCCGCCGCCGCCGCCGCUGCCUCGUCCAUCCCCGUGUCCAUGGCAGGAGGGCUCCUGCGCGGGCCGCCGUUGCUGCUGCGCGCCGCCGAGAAGUACCCGCGCACGCCCAAGUGCGCGCGCUGCCGCAACCAUGGUGUAGUGUCUGCGCUCAAGGGCCAUAAGCGCUACUGCCGCUGGAAGGACUGCAUGUGCGCUAAGUGCACGCUCAUCGCCGAACGCCAGCGCGUCAUGGCCGCGCAGGUGGCGCUGAGGCGGCAGCAGGCCCAGGAGGAGAACGAGGCGCGCGAGCUGCAGCUGCUCUACGGCACGGCAGAGGGACUCGCGAUAGCCGCCGCCAACGGUAUCAUCCCGCCGCGCCAGAGCUACGACGUGUUCGCGCCGGUGAGCAACGAGACGAGUACAGAUUCGAACAUGCAGAAGUUCGAACUUUUCCCGAAGACCACUCAGACGUCCGCCGCUAAAUCCGCGCCCACGCCCCCUGACUCCGACCCUCUACCCGGCAUGUCGUCCCCAGACGCGCGCCACGGCUCCGGUUCGGAGAACGGCGACGGCGAGUCGUUCGUCAGCUCUCCUGCCCCGAAGGCAGCAAAAGACGGCGAGGACACGCCCCCCUCGGUCAGCCCACUGGGCUCAGGCUCGGAUUCGGGCGCCUCGGACACAGAUAAGGACGAGCCGGAUCCCUCUCCGGAGCCCUCGACCGCCUCGUCUCGCCACAUGAACGCCAUCGACAUCCUGACGCGCGUCUUCCCUACGCACAAGCGCAGCGUGCUCGAGCUCGUGCUACAGGGCUGCGGGAAAGACGUGGUACAGGCCAUCGAGCAGAUUCUCAACAACGGCGGCCACCACGCCAAGGCCACUGAGGAGCCGUGGGCGCAGGAGAGAGCUCUGCCCGGCACGCAGGCGCCCCUCUCCUCCUCCUCCUCCUCCGCUGCGGGCCCUAGGCCGCUGCUGGCCGGAGCAAUGCCACUCAGCAACCGCUCCGCCUUCUCCCCGCUGCAGCCCAACGGCGCGGCGCACUUCGGGCCCGACGGCGGCGCUUACCCGCUCGGUGCCCCGCUGGGCCUCAGCCCGCUGCGCCUCGCCUACUCAGCCCACAGCAGAGGCCUGGCCUUCAUGAGCCCCUACUCUAGCACGGGCCUCAUGCCCACUCUGGGCUUCAGGCCGCCCAUGGACUACGCGUUCACUGACCUGAUCCGAGACAGGACUCUCUUACACAAGGACCAGAGCUACACGAACGGACUUUAUGGGCCUCUGGUCAACAACACCCCGGAGAAACAGUGAGGGGGUUUCGAGGCUAGAGCAGUCCUAUAGGCCGGAGAACUGAUCUGUAGACUGUAGACCUGGUCUGUAGGCUGUAGAACAGGCAAAUGGUCUACGGAACCGAUCUGUAGGCUACAGAACGGGUCUAUAGAGCAGGCAUGUAGUCUGUAAAACAUGUCCGAAAGCUACACUAUCUUAAAUUCAUUGAUUCAAAUGUGUUUACAUAUCAAUAAAAUAUAAGACGUUCCAAAAAGCUGGAAUAAUGAAGUCUACAGCCCUAUAGGCCUCAAACAGACCCAGUUAUUUGCCACAGACCACAUCUACCAGCUACAAAACAGAUCUAUAGUCUCACUUUUCUCAGACCAGUAGUCUACAGUGCGUGUCUAUGACCCGAAAGACAAUGAAACAGGACUCAGAAAUAAAGUCAAAGUCCAAUGCAGGCCGUUUGUUGAGAAAAGUGUUCUGCGUCUGUAAGAAGACUUAGGCGCCUCCUGUUCUCCCUCAUCAAGUCUUCUGUACAUAAUAUCAAGUCUUCUGUGCAUAAUAUCACUCACCACAAAAAAGACUGAAACAGACAGAGACUGACACACGUCUAGUGCUCCAGAUGAAAUGGUUACCAGUUAAAGUUAUGAUUUACACAGAGCUCCACUUGCAGAGGAGACGGAGCUGCGCUUAAAGAGUAACCAGUAUUUUCAUGUAAAUUGUGUAUUUGAAUUCUUUACAUGUUGGUUACAAUCCUGUUAGAUUAUUUACGGAACGGAUUAAGUCUCCGUGUGAUCAUGGUGCAAUUAAUAGAAACAUUUUCUCCAUCCUUUAAAAAGAGACUAUACUAACAUUAUUAUUAUCGUUAUUAUUAUUAUUAUUCGAUCUUUAUUACGCCGUUCCUUUGGCAGAAACUCUGUAAAACCGUGCCAUGAUAAAGAACAAAAGGCGAGGGUGGUCUGGGGGUGGGAUGGUCUGAGGAUCUGUCUGAGGACCUGUCUGAGGACCUGGCCUCCUGUACUUCGGACUUUUCUUUGUGCUGGUGUUGUGCUCCGAUCAAAUCGAUUCUGUUACAGCCCUAAACCUAAACCUAAUCUCAAAUGGGUCACAAACUGGCAUAAAACGCUGUUCAUCUGUUCGUGGUGAAUGAAAUCUCGAUCCACUGUUACUAGCUGUACAUUUCUCUAUGUGAAUUUUGAUAGAAAUAAAUGUUAUUUUAUACUUA